GGAAGAAUGAAUGUUCCUCUUUACCUUCUGACCGUCGCUCACUUGAUUUGCGCCGCCGCCGGAGCAGAGCACGUCUCUUUGGAGCGCCAACUUCUGGAGGAGGGGAUCCGUUCGGGACGCAGGACUUGCAGGCUCUACUGUAGGGUUGGCAUCGGCUUCCAUCUCCAGAUUCAUCCCGACGGCAGAGUCAACGGCAGCCAUGAGCCCAACCAGCUGAGUGUCCUGGAGCUCUUCGCGGUUUCUCAGGGGGUCAUCGGCAUCAAAGGGGUCUACAGUAACAGAUUCCUGGCCAUGAAUAAAAGAGGACGGCUCUACGCCACUGAGUGGUUCACAGAUGACUGCAAGUUCAGGGAACGUUUCCAGGAGAACAGCUACAACACUUACGCCUCAAUCAUCCACAGGAACCACAGGACUGGUCGUGAGUGGUUUGUGGCCCUCAAUAAAAGAGGGAAAGCCAAAAUGGGCUCCAGCCCGCGGGUCAAAUCCCAACAUGUCUCUACACACUUCUUGCCCAGGGUCAGCCUGCACGACAAGAGCGAGCGAGGUUUCACCAUCACAGACAAGAGCAAAGAGAGGAGGAAAACCCCGCCGCUGCCUCCACCAAAACCUCCUCUGGCGAAGGCUGUCCACGCAGGGACAGCACCGAGACGUACGCAAGUCAAGUACUGGCCCAAGUAUCGGUUUGGAUAGACGUCAUGGGGUUUGGCUCUAUCUGGGGGACACAGAGAUCACAGACUUAUAGUGACGGACG